CUGCACUGGGUCUGGCUUCUUAAGGACAAAAGUGAGAGUUAAGGAAAUCAAUCUUGCUUGCAGACGGGAGUUACGGUACUACUGGAGACUCUAGAGAACAUUUGAUAACAAAAGCAAACAUCCGCCAUUCCAAAUACAGUAAGAAGACAGGGAGAGGAUAGUUCAGGCGUGAAACUGGUCAUGUGGCAAGUGUGAGCUCGCUCUGGAGAUUGUAUGGGUCCUGCAAUGGCAGUUUUGGCAGGUCUUAAGCCUGGCUCUGGACAAGGGGAUAGUGAAAGAAUGCUGUCCUGGCCAGUUUUCCUGUUGAUGCUGGCCGCUCUCAGCUCAUCUUUUCUUUCAGCUUUGUCUCUGUACCAGCUGGUAGCUCUCAGAGCUGAAAUAGAGCAACUUCAAUCAGAUGUCUCUUGUGGGAGAGAAGAGGGACAACCCAGCGCAGACAGAUUGCAGGUGGAGAUUCCAAACAACAUCAAAGAUGUUGCUCGCCAGCCCGAGUGUCCACCUGCCUUCAUCCAAACACGACGAAGGAGAACGGUGUCUGGAGCAGAAGUGUUAAUUUCUCAGUCUUUCCUGCAGAUGCUGGCAAACGACAGCAGAAAAAACUACGUGAAAGAAAUUUUAAGAGAUACAUACACAGGCAUCCCUUGGCAGCCUGGGUUAAAGAGAGGCACUGCCCUGGAGGCCGAAGGUGACCGCAUUUUAGUCCGAGAGGAGGGCUUCUAUUAUGUGUACAGUCAGGUCUUCUACAGGGACAACACCUUUGCAAUGGGUCACGUGGUGUUCCGGUGGAAGACAAACGUUGUUGGAAACGAGCCUCAGUAUGUGUCCCUGUUCCGCUGCAUCCAAAACAUGAACCCUGUCCAAUCGUUCAACACCUGCUACACAGGAGGUAUUGUGAAGCUGGAGGCUGGGGACUACUUGGAGCUUCUGAUCCCCCGGGCCACAGCAGACGUGUCCCUGAGUGGAGAUUCCACCUUUCUGGGUGCUCUCAAACUGGCUUAAACUGUGCCACCUCACAUCGGACCCAAGGGGAGACGUUAAAGCCACGAAGUGGCAGAGAUGGGAGAAUGGCAGCAACAUACUACAUUUCUUGGUGACCUUGACUGACUUGGUGUUGUGACAAGAACACAGGAAGCAGCCAUUUUCACCACUGGCUGAAUGAUGUACUGUGCAACUUCUAGCUUGUUAAGCCUGAGCAGACACAAGACACACAGAUGGUUAAGGGUUAAGGUCUGUCCUUUUUAUUAUGUUCAUGCAUUAUAUUCAUUUGUGCCAUACAUAUAUACAUUGUAAGCAACUGUUAGAAUCAAGUAAGCUUUCUUUAAAUAGUCGCACACGUGUCAAGGACCAAAUAUUAAUCACAUAAUCUUUCAUUCAGCAGCAGCCACAUUACUGCAUAACUCAGAUGGUUCUUCUCAUAUGCUUUAUUAGUCCAGAUAUAAAGACAUAAGCCAGCAUGACUCACUUGAUAUGAAU